AUGUCUGCUGUUUGCAGUACCAAGCCUCGGUUAGACCAGCCACGGACCGUGGCACAACUAUCACCAAGGUCGAAGAGACGACUGUACACGCACCAUGUCUUUGAAGAGGAUAUCCCACAACUGGAGAGUCUGUUCAAGCGUGGUAUUGAACAGACGGGCUGUAGAAGCCUGAAGAAGCUCAAAUCAAACUCUGAUGAAUCACAGCACAGCAAGAACUACGUCUAUAACGAACCACCAGUUCCAUCAUCAUUAUUUGUACGUGCACAUCCACACAGGGCUAAUCAAUCACACCAACGACAACAGCCCCUGGUACAGAGAGUCAUCAAGAAUCAGUAUAGCGUUGCUCAAUCGAAUGAUCUACUGGCUCGAGUGAAAAACAUAAACAUGAUGAGAGCUGAGAUGAAGUGCAACAUGGAUCUUUAUGCACACGAAUUGGUACACCACCUGGAUGAUGCCAUUCCGACACAGCUGGAUAUGUCAAGGGAUGCUUUAGAGUCAAUAAUCAUCAACAACAGAUGA